UAUUGACACUUAAACUCCUUCCUCGGUCCAUGAACCUCUUCUCAGACGCUUUGAUACCUUGAACUUCCCUUGAGGCAUUCAGGAGCUUUCUCACAGCUUGAUGUCUUCAUAACUUUCACUUUGUUCUUUGACUGAUGAUCAUGUUCAAUUGUUCACGAUGAAGUGAACAUAGCAACGUGCUUAGUAACAUCAUGGUAUAUUAAGUUCUUUGGGAGAGUUAUGUUCCUUGUGAAUCAUUGUAUACUUUCCACAUGAUCAAAUCAUAUAAUAAUGGAAUGCAGAAACGUAUACAUCGCAUGUUAUAAUUUAAAUAAAUUAACUAGAUUUUGAUCCACGCAGCUGCACUGUUAUUUUCAGUUUUAUAUGCAUAUAUAUAUAUUUAUUUUAGAUCAUUAGUGGUAUACACUUUUAAUUUUAAUUAUAUAUUUAAAAUUUUAUAUAACUGUUUAAAAUAUUGUAAAUAAUCAAUUAUUUAAAACUGUUACAUGUAUUUGUAGUUUUUUAUUAUAUGUCUUUGGUCUUUUAGACUAGGCUGUUAACUUUAAUGUUUAGUAAAAAAACUUUAUUCAACAGAUAUUUUAACACAGUUGAUGAUUGAUGAAACGUAUUUUUCAAUACAACCACUAGACUGUGCCAACGUAUUUGAACUUCGCUUCCCUAUAUAAACACAUCAAAGGGUUCAAGUUUAGGUUCCGAGAGAAGUGACAAGAGGUUCGUUUUCGCUCUUCAGAUAGAUAGAGAGAGACGAACACAAAAGCUGUUUCUUGCGUCCCAAGAAAACGAUCAUCUUCUCUUCCCUCUUUCUUCUUAAACCGAAACCUCUUUUCUUCAGUCGACGCCACUGAAGAUCCCUUUGAUCGAUACCAAUGGAGGACAACGGAAGUGGGUCCGAGACUGGAUCAGAAACAACGCUACCUCCUUCUUCUUCUUCUACCGAGAAAAGCGUUACCAACUAUAAGAAGAAGAAUACGAAGCCUUGUAAGAUAUGCGGAAGUAACGAGGAUGACGAUGAUGUAAGGAAGUGUUAUAAGCCGCACAUGUGGUGGCUAUGUGAAGUGUGCCGUACCUUACCUGGCGUAGUCGAAGUUAAGCCUGAAGAUUCUAAUGAGACAGUACUUCCUAAUGAUUCUGUUUCAUCAAGCAGUAGUCGUGUGGAUGCUCAGAACAGUGGUAAUGAAACCUCAGCGACUAAUCAACCUUCAGAAUCAGAGGCACAUACUACAAGUCCUGAAGCUUCUUCUGCAGCGUCCAUCAACACAUCUCCUGAGAAGAAACAAGCAGACUCCAACGCUCCCUCUGAUUCGGAAUCUUCAAAGUAAAUGAUUUUCUCAGAGCUUAGUGGUUGUUAGAGACAUCUGGAUUUUAGGGUUUCUUUUUUUAAAAAGGAUUGUUUCUUGGGUCGCAAGUGAUUUUACAUUAGACUUCUUUGAUGGUUAUUUCAUUUGCGUCAGUAUUCUUGAACAUUCUCCGUUUCUUCUUCUGUUAUCAGAGAGAUGUGCGAAGCUAGGCAUAUAGAUUCAGGGUUUAUCUCUUAAAACGUGAGUUUCUUGUGUCGCAAGUUAGAAUUUAGUAGAUAAGGUGAGAUUAGACUUCUUUGGUGGUCAUUUUCUUCAGUACUCUUGUACAUUCUCCUUUACCAGCAACUUUGUUACAAAAAUAGUAUAUGCUUCAACGACAGUUUUAUAGAUACAAUUUCAUGAGUAAAUGCCUAAUGACAAUAUCUCCCAAACGCUUAAGACUGAUUCUGAAAAAUGUGAAAUUUUAGAUAACUUAUAUUAAUUUAACACUGAUUAUGAAAAUGUGGAAUUUUCGAUAAUUUAUAUUAAUGGAUCACUCUGACAGUUUUUGAUAAAUUUAUAACUAGACAAGAUUAAUAUACGCAAUUCCGUCUUGUCAAUUGUGUCCAAUAUUGAAUUCUUGUUAAAUCUUCAAUACUGAUAUUUCAAGAACUAACUGAUAUGGUCUUGUUAAAUCUUCAAAAAAAAAUUUUGAAGAAAUACAGAAGAAACGAUUAGAACAGUGGUCUUGUGUAUAUCCAUUAUAUAGUGAUGCAAUUCUUUUUUCCUUGGAUAACAAAUUACUCUCAAAAAGUGAGUUUGCAUUUCUUGGAUCAUCAUUUUGAGCCACACAACUUAUAUUCUGUCUUUUUUUUUCUUGGAACAAAAAAUUUAUAUAAAAAUUACAUAAUGUAAAUUACAAUAUUGCUAGAAGUUAAAAUGCCAAAAUUACAAACAAAUAGGGGAAAAUGAGAUAUUGAUUAUUUAUUAAAUAUUGAUUAUUAAAAUUUAUAGCUAUUUAAAAUGAAAAUAAGAAAUGUUUCCAAUAAGUUAAAUAUUACAAAAAGUCUAAAAGAGAAUCUAAAUUAUUUCAAUACUUUUGCAUACUUUUACAUAAAAACAUAAGCAAAAUAUGGGCCUUUUUGAGCAAAAUAUAAGAAUAAAAUAUGGGAUAACAACUUAAGAAAUCAGAUGUGAAGACUUGAAAUAACGACUAGUUGACAAGGUGAAAUUAAAAUUAAAGAUAAGAACUCAAUUCUACUGUUUUUGGUUACAACAUUUUAGUAUCUAUGUCCAUGUUAAAAAUAUAUAGACUUCUUUUAUUUACUUCAAAAAGAUAUUAUAUUAUAUAUUAUCCAAAUUUGAGGUGAUUUGGAAAAUAAAAUCGUAACAAA